GUACGCAGAAAAAGGCAUACAGAGGGCUAGUAUAUAUAUUGAGCUGCCCGCAGUGUUUUUGGUUCCUUCCACAGCAGUAUAAGGUGUGCCACUGUGUCCCGUCCCGUAGGAUCCACUGGCCUCAGACAUGGCACGUCUGGCCCUCCCUGUCUUCCUCGUUCUUUGCUUCUCUUUGCUCCACUUCAGCUGCAGCCGUCCAUCUCGCACCAAGAAGGCUGUGUCAGCUCGACAGCCCGGAGAGGAAGACGAAGUGAAGUCCCAGCUUGAGAGGUUGUGGCGGGAGGUGAACUCACUGAAAGAGAUGCAGGCGUUGCAGACAGUCUGUCUCCGUGGCAUCAAAGCGCACAGGAAGUGCUAUCUGACAAUUGAGGAACCAAAACAUUACCAUGAAGCAAAUGAAGACUGCAUUGCACAAGGAGGAACUCUUGCAAUGCCGCGGGACAUGACGGAGAACAAUGAACUGAGAGACUAUGCAAAGAGGAGCGCUCCAGGAUCCAAGGACUUCUGGAUUGGUGUGGCAGACAUAGUGAAAGAAGGCCAGUAUGUUGAUGUCAACAGCCUGCCAGUCAGCUUUUUCAACUGGGACCGCUCCAAGAAGCAGCCCACAGGAACGAAGAGGGAGAGCUGUGUUGCCCUUUCAGUGGCUGCACAGGGAAAGUGGUACGAUGAGGUGUGUCGGAGCCUGAAAAAGUACAUCUGUGAAUAUGUCAUUCCUUAAAGCGAAUGUUGUUGUUGACUACUUGAUGAGCAUUCAUGCAGGUCAUUCAUUAAAAUUGUCAAAUCUGUGGCCAUUUAUGAUGGAAACAUGGCUUGUUAUUGUUCAUGUAUUAUAAAACUCCAUUUUAUUAAAUUUUGUCUCUAUGUAUUAAUUAGGUUGCUAAUUAGCUUUAAUACACAAAGUAAUAACCGGCGACUUAUGGAUUAAGUUAGACAGAAAUAAACAAAAAUGUAAACUGUUGUUUUUUUGUUACAACCAUUUCAUUUUGUUUAUACACUUUUUUUCUGCAUUAAGUUUUCUAAUUUCUUCAACAUCAGUGUACUUUAUAUUGACACUGUUGUAUACAUACAUACAUACCAGUGAGUUCCCCAGUCUAAUACUCAGCGGCUGAAUAGCUCAAUGAGCAAAUGUGGCUGGAGUGAUUUGCUCAAGGUCAGCAUGUGAAGUAAAAGCAAGUGUUUUUAAUUCCCUUGCCUUUUGGUUGUUCUCUGGAGCAUCACUAUGACACUAAACUAAGAAGAACCCAAAGAAAAAGUCUUAAACUAACUUUGGGGAGUAAUUUACAUGAGCGUUAGAGAAGAAAGAUAUCAUCUGUAAGGGACUCUUGUUGUAUGUUCCACUCUGUUAUCAGACUUAUUGACUUAAGAGGGCACGUACAGUUCCCAAUGGUAAGUAGUGUCAAACUUUUACCUACAAUAACUAUGAGGCCCUACUGGAGGUGUAGGUCUUUGCGCUUUAUUUUUUAAAUCAUUUUUUUUUUUUAAAUCUGUAAUACAACAGUAUUAGAUAAAUAUCUAUAUAAAUCAUUUCAUACUAAAAUGUUUUAGCACAACAAACUAUGCAAAAACUGAAGGAGUGUACAAACAUUUUCACUGCACUGUACGUACAUGGAUUUACAGUCUGACUGUAAUGGAUCCAAUCAGUGUAUCAUUACGCAAUAGAAAAUGAACUGUUAGGGACUUAUUGCUAUCUUCGGUACCUGUUAAUAGAUGAAAUAAAAAGCAAACAGGUGUGUUGUGCCCAUUUCUGAAAAAAAAAAAGUCUAUUUCUAUUCUAACUGUAGUGCACAGUGAAUCCAAAGACUCAUUCUCACCAUCCCAGCCAUCCCACAUGGGUAUCUGUAAAUUAACCGACUGCUGAAUGCAUCGCUAUAAAUGUAUUUCUGUCUAUAACGCG